UAGGGAGCAUUUUCUAAGAUGGAUCGUCUACAGCAAGUCGGUGUCCAGCAGAUGGAGGACCUCAAAAGUGUUUACACCCGAGACUGGCCAAAAUACUGCAAGGAAUACACCUGCCUGGAUAAUUUUGUGGACCUUCUCAGAAGGGAUCCCCAUCUGGAGAAUGUAAAAGUUUACGCUCUUCCCAAACUUGAACUCGGACUAUUUGUGAUUGUGGAUCGGAAUCAAAUUUCAGUGGGCUUUUUGGAGGCUGAAAGAUCGGAAAGUCUUCUGAGGGAAGCCUUACUUCAGUUGGACUUCUUGGGAGGAGAACAGUUCGCCUCCAUGCCAAAGAGAUAUUUUAAAGCUGCCAUGGAUGUUAUUUAUGCCAAAAAUCUUAAAUUAGACAUAGAUUGUGCCACCUAUUCCUUGGUCUUGAGCAACGAAGAUGCCCUGCAGUUUCAAGUGGAACCGCCAGUUGGAUUUUCCUUAAAAUCUCUAGAUGUGGAGGACGCCAAGGUGGUUGAUGAUCACUGGGAGUGGAGUGAGCCGGGCACUCUUUCCUUCAUCCAACGUCAGAUUUUGUGCAACACCAGUGUGGGCUUGUACAAGGACGAAGACAAUGAGCUAGUGGCCUGGUGUAUAAGAGCUCAGGAUGGUUUGUUGGCAGUGCUGCAGGUCAAAAACUUCUACCAACGCAGAGGUUUCGGCGCUCUAAUUGUGAAAGAGUUCUCCAGACUGGAGGCUCUUCAGGGACAUGACAUUAUCACCGAAGUCGUUCCAGAAAACAAGGCGUCGUUGAGUCUGUUCCAGAAAUUGGGCUUCAAGAUUAUCAAUCAGUGUAAUUGGCUUUUAACCGAAGCGCCAAUAAGAGAACGAUAAGAUAUAGAGAUUGUUUAUGCACGGGUUAGACCUAAGGGAAAUAAAUAAAUAAAUGCGAGUUAGACCUAAGAGAAAUAAACAAAUAAACAUAACAAUAAAAGAGA